AUGCUGGGCUUCGCUCGCACCCUUAGCUGCCUGUUGGCCCUCACUGCCGCCACCUUCCAGGCCCAGGCCCAGGAGAGCGGCGGUAACCCCAGCCUGGUAGUCCGCAAGGACUAUAUACAUCCCUUGGUAACUCCCGUCAACGGUGGCAUCUAUCGCCCCGAGACGGAAGUCUUCCACCCUCUAGUGACACGUGUCCCCGAGCCCAGCCCUCCUCACUUCAGGCGCGAUGAAGAAGGUGCCAGGAAAGGCAAGGGCAAGAACGACCGCGUCAAUGCCCCUGAUUCCGCUGCCGCUGCCGCUGCCGCUCCUGCCCCGCCUCCACCGGACAAGAGCGGCAAGAUCUCGCUGCACUACUCGCCCAUGUUCAUCGAGAUGCCGCCCGGGUUCAAGGUCACGCCCAAGCAGAUCGUCAACUGGAUGGUCGUCGGCAACCGCACCCUCAUCAACGCGGACCGGCUCAUCACCAUCACCCCGGGCGUCGGCGUCACCUUCACGGGCUACGACCGGACCAUCCAGGGCCGCCUGCUGCCCAUGCUGCACCAGAUGCUGCUCGACAAGGCGGCCAACUCGUGCGGCCUGGCCGGGUACACCGCCGGCGCCGGCGCCAAGGGUCAGGGUGCCGAGCGGACGUGGCAGCUCAUGAGCGCCGUGGGCCUGCGGGCCACGGACCACGAUGGCAAGGUCGUCGCGCAGAUCGGCUACGAGCUCGUCGACCCGGACGCCAAGGACGACGGCGACGAGCAGCCGGCGGCAGAGGGCGACGCCAGCGGCAACAAGGGCGAGAAGAAGAAGGCGGACCCCGCGGGCUGGGAAAAGGGCAGCAAGAACUGGCACAAGAUGUGCCUGUGGUCCAAGAUCGUGCCGGACGGCAUCAAGGUCCUCCAUACCGACGGCACCAUGUGGCUCAAGGCGCUCGACAAGUACCGCGGCUGGAACGAGCACUUCGGCCAGGAGCACUACGCGCGCGAGAUCGACAAGCUCAUGUGGGAGGGCGAGAAGAAGCGCAUCCCCAUCCAUCCCGACCUGCGCGACCGCCUGCUCGACGGCCGGGGCAUCCCGAGCCUGUCCGAGGCGGAGAUCGACUCGCCCCAGGACCUCGAGCAGUCUUCUUUCGAGGAGAUCAUGUCGCGGCUGUCGGCCGACGACGAAGAGCGCGAGCGCAUGAGGACCAGCACCUCGACCGGACCCCCGGGCGGUGGCGGCAGAGGAGGCCCGCCCACGGACGCGCCCGACGGCCAUGACCAGGGCUACGACGCGGACGACUCGGGAGCUUCCACGCCCGAGGAAGAGCAGGAGCUGGCCAGGGCCCGCCAAGAGGACGGGGCCAUGGCGCUGCGCCAGGCGAGGUGCAGAUGGUUCGACAACUCGGGCAACUGGGAGCAGAUGAUCCCGACCAUCCAGGAGGAAGAGAGGAUCGAGACCGACCAGGGGGUGCACAUCCUCCCAACCAUCCCGGAGGGAGACGAGCCCCCUCGCGAAGAGCUGGACGAGCUGCGCCGCAUACCCCCGCCGAGGAACAAUCUACCCCGUCUCCGUUCGAGCGGCGUGAGCGGUGCCGAGCGUCUCCGUUCGAGCGUCAAGUUCCGCCGGGCCCUGGACCUCGCCGCGAGGGACGACGACAAGGACAGCAUCAACGGCGGGCCGGACGCAGCACCCGCCGAGAACGCCACCCUGCUCCUCACGCGCGCCAUGGCCCACGCGCAGCUCCUCGGCGCCGCCGUGGCCUCCCUCCCCGCCGCCGUCAACGACAGCGCAACGCACCCGGAGCUCGCGGCCCUCAAGGACCUGACGGCCCAGCUGCAGGGCGCGCUCUCGCUGAGCGGCGCCCUCGACGGCACGCCCUCGGCCGACGACACGCUGAGCCUGCUCUACAUCCCCUACUUCACGUGGCGGCACAACCUCCGCCGCACGGACCCGGAGAAGUACGAGCGCAUCCAGGCGCUGCGGCGGCAGAGCAAGGAGGCCGUGCGGCGCGCCAAGUCGGAGCAGCGCGGCGAGCGCUGGGAGCACCACCGCGGCCUGCUGAGCGCCAAGUGGGAGCGCGUCAUGGCGGCGCGCGAGCGGCGCAAGGCGGCCAAGGCGGCGCACAAGGCCGACGAGCCGCCCUACGCGUGGCGCGGGCCCAAGCCGCCCGUGCACAUGCCCGAGGAGCUCGUCGAGCAGGAGGAGUGGCGCCCGCACGUCGGCGAGCCGUGCUGCGGCGGCGAGGCCCCCACCGACCACGACGAGACGACGCAGCAGCUCCAGAAGCUGUACGACGACCUGCUGGCCGUCGACCACCCCAAGGACGGGCACCGCCGCACCAAGCUCUUCCACGCGAGCUUCUGGGAGUCGACCGUCGACCCCAAGUGGGCGCCGAAGCAGGCGGCCAGCGACGUGCACAAGGCCAUCGGCGCCAUCGACCACAUCUGGAAGUACGCCAAAUGGGGCGUGGGCCAGGUCGAGAUGGUGCGCUCCCUCACCUGCGACUACCACUUCUCCCCCGGCCACUCCAAGGCGCGCCGGCAGCUCGGGGCCGGCGACGGCGAGGAGGAGGAGCGCAGCGUUGACUUUGAGGGGUGGUGCGCGGCCAACCUCUCGCCGUCCGAGGACCUGUUCACGGGCGAGAUCAUGCCCCCGGCGGAAUAA